AUGGCGGAGUCGGACUCGAAGGAAGCCGCAGCAGAAAGUACAGACGUUCUGCGACUUGUGAAUAGCGCGGAGACGGAGCUCGAUCUCCUGGGUCUGUCCAAAGACGUCGAUGAGCGCCUUCUUGAUGCCAGUCUCGGAAGGUACCAGGACUACUUGGACCAACUAGACGCUGCGAAAUUCCAUCUUGACCAUCUUUUAACGAGCACGGCCGAAACGCUGAACGAACUGUCCGAGAUCUCUGCCGCUUUUCGUACGAUCGACUCCCAGACCCAAGCUUUUCAGAAACAGACGGCCAAUGUGCUCGAGGAACAGAAGAGGAACGCGGCCAAUGCGGAAGCAAUUGCCGAGAACUUGAGAUACUACGAACCUCUCGAACGCAUUACGAGGCGCCUCAACGCCCCAGGUGCAGGUAGUCUUGCCAGAUCAAAAGACUUCUCGGAGAUGCUGAAAACGCUGGAUGAAUGCAUAGACUACAUGCAGACUCAUACAGAGCACAAGGAAGCAGAGUCAUAUCGGUCGAGAUACCGGCUGCUUCUUACCCGAGCAUUGACACUCGUUCGGAAUGCCUUCAUGUCCAGUGUCAGGGAAACAACUACAGAAGUCGCUGGUCGAAUAGCAGCAAAACAAUUAAACGACACCACUCAGUCUGCGCUGCUAUAUGCGAAAUUCAGGGUUGGUGCGGAGGAAAUGAAGGAAUUAGGUCUCGAAAUCCAGAAACGUGCCAACCCACCGGCGGAUGCGCAGCCCGGCGAGGAGGGAGAGUACCAGUCUCUGAUGAAUGAGUUGCACCAGUCUUUUGCGGCAUGUCGAGCGAGACUCCUCUUGCCUCUCAUUCAGAAGCACCUUGCCGAAAUGGCACAGGCACCCGGAUCGAAUGACUUGGUCCAAUUUGCCCGGUCCUCCAUCAGUUAUAUUCGAGGAAUCUGCCUGGACGAAUUUGAGCUAUGGCAGGAAUGGUUCCACGGCCAACGAGGCGUCUAUGACUUCCUGGAAUCUUUGUGCGAACCAAUGUACGAUUAUCUACGUCCACGUAUUGUCCACGAGGCGCGCAUGUCGAAGUUGUGCUCCCUCGUCAGUCUGCUCCAGACACGUUAUAUGCAGGAGGAGGACGAAGACGGUCCACCGGAUCCUACUCAGCUUGACUUCGGCCUCCUAGUCCAGCAAGCGCUGGAAGACACCCAGACAAGGCUUCUUUUCCGCGCCCAAGCCAUUCUCAGAACCGAGAUCGAGAGCUACAGACCAACUCCGCAGGAUCUGGACUAUCCUCGGCAAUCAUCGAGACCAGCUACAGCUGCCUCUGGACCCGCCCCUCUGUCUGGAAAGCGAGGCAAGGCCCCUGCGAGCGAGACUUUGGACGUUGAGUCUGACGACGAGAACAAUGUUCUGCCCUUCUCCUUCAGUACGACCAACUCGCAAACACUACAAAAUUCGUAUCCGACGCUGCCCCGAGCUCUGUCGCUCCUCUCCCGCAUCUAUCGUCUAGUAAACAGUACCAUUUUUGACGAUCUCGCACAUCAGAUCGUGCAUUCUACGACAGCCUCGCUGCUUCACGCAUCAAGUUUGAUCAGCACCAAAUCAUCCCCGGCUGACGGCCAACUCUUCCUGCUCCGGCAUCUUCUCUUGCUGAAGUCGCAAAUAGUAGCCUUCGAUAUCGAGUUCGUCACCCCAGACGUAUCCUUCGACUUCUCAAACAUUACAUCCACAUUCUACGAACUACGUGAGCGUGGCGGCCUCUUCAACGCCGGCAACUGGCUCAGGCUCUUCACGACCGGCGGCCUCUUACCCCGCGUCGUAGAGAACAUGCUAGACGCCAAAGUCGAGCUCGACGGCCGCCUGAGGAAUGUGAUCAACGAAUUCACCGCCGGCUUCGCGUCGGACAUGACGAGCCAUCUGCCAAAAGACGGGCUGGGCAAGGGCAAGCUCGAGGAUGCCGUCGCCGCCACAAGAGAAAAAGUGCAGAAAGAAACGCCCAUCCUGCGGGCCAAGCUCGAGCAGUACCUCACGGACCCGCGAACACGCGAGACCCUGGUCGCCGCUGUUGAAGAUCAGGUCGUGCAGAUCUAUGAGAUCUUUUUCGACAAAUAUUCUGCUGGCAAGAAAGGUGCGAAUGGCGUCGCUUCCGGCAAGGGUAUUUCCCGCAAGGGCAAGAGCCCAGAGGAGAUGGUCUGGGACUCGGAGACGUUUGCCGAGUGGUGUGAGGGCGUCUUCGACGUGGCCCUGCCGCAGCAUGUCGACGAGGAGGAUGAUGAUGAUUAUGGCGGGAGCGUGAAGAGCAUGAGCGUCCGGGGCAGUGGUAGCUCGUGA